GUGACCAAAUAAUCAUAUGACUGACUCGUGAAGGCAGCACACGUGACGUUUAUUUACAGUCUGGUGCGCACGUAAAUAUAGCACUGGUUUGCAGUGCGCUGAAAUAAGGUUCCAUGAAGAUGUGCUACACAAGAGCGAUGAAAUGAGUGUAAUUGUAUUUUGAAAUGGCUUUACUAAAUAAAAUUUUCUCGUCUAGGAAGAAAAAUCAGAAACAAGGUUAUGUUUCGUUUGGCAAAAAUGAAUCAGUAAGCUGGAAACCAUUUAGCUUCAGUAAGGAUCAAGUCCGUGUCAUCCUCUUCAGAGAGUGUGACUGGAGAGGACGUAAGUUGUUGUUCGAUUCUGAAACAGUUCAGAAAAUUGCCAUUGAAACACAACAGGUUAAAACGAAGUUUGGAUCAAAACCAAAAUCUGAUAAAAAGAAAAAGAAUGAAGCAUUUGUGGAAAUUACAAAUGGAUUUGGCUAUCAGUAUUUGCGUCCAAAUCAAGAUGUAACUGUAAUGGGUGAAAUGAUAUUUGGAUCAGUUGCGAUGUCGUUCAAGGGUACAGCAUUUAAAGUUCACGCGUUAAAGUCCCCUGAUAGACUUAUGUGCACUAAAGUGUUUCAAUCACCAGGAGCAGGCCACCGUACGAAGAAGAUCAGUGACCACAGCUUGGAAGACUCGUACAGUAGCUCGAUUAGUUCAGUGGGUGAUGGUACUCUGGGCCUGCUGUCUAGCAGCUCCGAUUUAAUUGCUGGGAAGCCUGGGAGUGGACCACUGGAUGUGCCAUAUGCAGAUCUACACACAAAAGCGCAGUACAGCAGCCUUGAAGCUGAUAGCGGUUUCUGUGGAGAUGCGUCUCUUCAGUCGCCAAGCAGUGUUAGUUCAGUUGGAUAUUGGCCAAGCUAUACAGGAAGCAUUGCUUCCCGCAACAGUUCUGGUUCUGUUGAUGGUGUGUCUGGAGGGAGUUUGGCAAGUUUGCGAAGACGUUGGCUUCGUAGUGUUAGUACGUCACUUGAAGUGGCCUGCAGUGCUAGCUCUGGGCUGUUCAGUUCAAGAAAUUCCUCUAGCAGUGAGACCUCAUCCUCUGUUGGGACCAAUCAGCGACGCACUAAACUGGGGUUGGCUGUGGCCAUUGCACUUUCAUCAGGACAAGAAAAGGACAUGGAGACAUUUCUGCUUGAGCACAUGGCUAUUCUGGAAUCAAUGAUUGAGAGGCUGCAGCUUGCAGUUGAUCGUGCUUACCUCCGCAAGGAUAUGUUCGUCCAUCUUAUGAUGGAAGCCUGGGAAGACUUGUGCCAGUGGCUGGAAGGGCUUUUUACAGCUCCUCGUCCAUCAUGUCCUCUUUGGAUGGGUCUUGGAAUGGCUCCUACACACUUGCAUACUAAUCUUGCUUAUGGCUUCCUUCAAGACCUCUGUCACCUGAUAGCUGCUCUUGACACUAAGAGCAACAAUUUUUUUGUGAGUACCUUGAUAACAGCUGUACUGACACAUCACUUGGGCUGGGUAGCCACAGUAAUGCCAGAUAAAAACACUUGUAAAAGUGCUUCAAGAAAUUGUUGCUCUUCUCAGUUGCUCAACUCACUGUCAAGGUCACACCCAUACAGUGCCUUGUGGGCUCAACUUGGAGACCUCAGUGGUGCAAUUUCUUCACCAACUAAAGUGGCACGUACCAUAGUGACAUCGUCAAGCAGCAAGCAGACCAAUCUUGUGGGCAAAAUAGUGAGCUGCCUGACAUACUUCAUACGCUGUGGAGCUCUAGAGAAGCAUAGCAACAUCUCCUUGCCAUCUGAAAUUUAUGCCAGUGAUGCACAAUGUGUCUUUGACGGUUCACCACUUGCCAGCAUGAAAUCCAGUGCAGUCUCUGUGUCAACUCUCACAGAAGCUACCAAUGAGUUACAUCUCAAAGGGACAGUAGAUGACUUACAUAAGCCGUCAAAAGUUCUACACAAGCCUGCUGACUAUAUGUUGGCAACACCAUUUAAUGUUUCCAAUUAUCAGUUAAGUGAGAAAAGUGUUAACAUUGCAAUGGGUGACAAUAUUAGUGAUUCAAAAGUAGCUGAAUCAGAGGAGGCAGUUCAAAAGAAAGGUGUGGCGAGGGAGUUGUUUAAGUUAAAGAGUGCAGCAAAAUUUUCAUGCGAGAUGACAGCAGGCAAUAUGUGUUCUCCAGCACGAGCUGAAUGGGAUAACCAUGAAGUCAGCAAUCUAGUGAAGAAAUGUGACAGUGAUAGUUCUCCGGCUCCAGUUAUUACUUAUUCUCAGGUAAUUGCAUCAGACAGUAACCCUGAGCCAGAUGUUCAGUUCCACAGGGCACUGAGCACAGAAAGCUCUAGAACAUUGACAGAAAAUUCCACGCAGAGUCCAGUGAGUUUGUGUGGUAUGAAACGGUCCACCAGCUUUUGCAACCGGAUGACAAGUUCUCUUGCUGGUGCUGCUUCAGUGUCUUCUCAGCUGCAUCCCACUACAACAUCAAUUGAAGUUCUCGAGGACAGUGUCAAUAACAAUGCACUUCAUCCUGAAGUGAUUUCAGAAAAAGUCAACCGUCUCUGUCGCAUUCCAACAGAAGCUGUUAUGUACCAUCUCCAGAAGGAAUAUUCGGAACCAGAUGGCUCGAGCAGGCUUCUGGAAAGAGUGAGCUGUGAACGACAGAUGUCAGCAGCAGAUACUAGUAGAUCAGUUUUUCCAUCCCAGACUUCUGUACCAAGUGGUAAAUUUGACAGCAUGGUAUCAUUUGAAUCUCACAUUAAUAAUACUUCAUAUGACUGUAUUGAUGAGCCUGAUUCAGGCAUUGAUAGUCAUAUCGGUAGUGCUAAUACAAAAUCUGAAAAUGUUAUAUUUGUACUGGGAGACAAUGAAGAACUAGUGGGACUUAAAAACAAUAAUCAUGGAGAAACACGGACUUCACAUUUAAGUUUAAGUCAUCAGGAAGUGGACAAACCAGUUGUGAGUGCUGUAGAUAGUAAUGGUAAUAUAAAGUCUACAGAUUAUGAUAAAUUUCCAACCAAUUGUCCUAAAAGUACUUUUCUAUGUAGGGAUUCAUGCAGUUGUACAGGUUUUACACAGCUGGUUGAACAAGAACGUAGUAAAAAGCAUGGUUACUUGGACAAUCAGUGGAAAAGUUUAUGUAAUUCUGAAAUUUGCAAAAUAGGUAAUAGAUUUCUAUGUAGUAAUAGUAUUUUGGGCUGUGAAAGUGAAUGUAAAACUAGUCGUAAAUCAUUGUCUUGCAAUGACAGUCCUUUUGUCAUGCCAAGUGUGAAAACUGAUUGUGGUGCUGAUGACAGUCAGAGGAAUUGGGACCCAGAUAGGGUGAGCCUGAUAGACAGCAAUUGUGAGGGGCGAAUAGUUAUGGUGCAUUCAUCCUAUAUUGAAUUGGAGGAUGAAGGUGACUGCAGGGAGAGCAGAUGCAAGACUGUGAUAAGGCCUAGUAAACCUGUUACUCGAUCUCAGUCACUUUCUUUUCCCUUAUGUAAGAAGCCAUCAAGCAAACAGUCAUCUAUAUGCAGGAGACACAGUGAGUAUGUGCAUCAUAAUGAACGUUACUUAAAAAACUAUCAUAGUGUCAGAUUCAAUUUUGAAAGAUGUGAGAGUGUGUUGAAUAAUUAUGUGGAUGGGACAGGUCAGGAGAAAACUCCAGAAGAAGAUGAAAUUAAUGGAGCGAGGGGGAACUUUGAAAACCUUAAAUCAUUGUCUGAAGAUACACAUUGUAGGCAGUGUGGAAGUAACAAGGUAACAAGUGUGAACGUUAGUUUGAAGUGUUCACUGUGUGAAUGCAAAAAUAGUGAAACAUGUGACAGUGACACUCCGUCUAAGUACCGGACAGUUGACUCUAGACCUACAUAUGUAGAUACAGACACUAGUAGGGAAGGAAAUGCUCUCUUUGAUGAGUACAGUGCCCUCUCUGAUGAAGAUGUAGUUACACCUACUGGAUAUAUGGCUUCAAGUGUUAAAGAUGAUGAAAAUUGUCAACACAACCUGGACCCGUUUGAAAAUAAAACGUUUCUUGAACUCCCAUUUCCAAGCAAUAGAAGUGAAGACUCGAACCUUCCAGUAGGCUCUGGAAUGGCAGCCUCUCUCCUAGGGGGAGUGACAGAUCACUACCUUCCAGAUCUUAUUCUCCACGGUUGCAUACAGCCUGUUCGAGCUUGGGAAUCUGCUCUGCGCAGAGAUCUAGCUCUAUCUGCACGCCAUCCUCCUGUCGAUCAGGAAGUGUCUGAAGCUGUAUGCAUUGUGGCUAACACUGAUACAUGGGAUGUGCAGUUACUCUCCAGUCAUGCUUAUGUGACAGACAGGCCAGGGACUUUGGGUGUCCAUGUUGGAAUGUCACAGUUGGUGGCUAACAUGCUAGAAUCCCUUCUGCUUUUGUGGCGACUACACACACCUGUAGAUCAAUGCCUCAAACACGUGGAAUCAAAACUGCGAGAACUCUACCUUCGAAGUCAGGCAGUGGCUGAAAUGCUGCUCUCUGUAGACUUCUGUGACGUGGCAACACUGACAUCAGCUCUAGGAUUAGAAGCAAAUGACAUUCCACUACUUUUGGCUGUUGCUUCAACACACAGCCCACAAGUCACACAACGUUACGGUGUUAGCUUUAGGUGAUGAAUUAGUUAGGAAAAUUUCUAGGAACUUUCAUAUACAGCUCUAAGUGUGGUGGUAGAAGUAUUACAAGAAACAAUCAGGUCAUGUGUCCUAUCUGCAUAAACUGGUGUUUCGCAAGAGAUUUUGCACACAGCAUGACAAAAUUUUUGUAUUUCGAUAAAAUGAGACAGACAGACUCAUGUGAAACUGACAUGGUAACAGUUUUUUGUUUUUGUGGAAAGCUUAAAUGCAUUCCAGCUCCAUCCUCGCCCAGGUGAUAAAUUUAUAAACAAACCCCUUAAUUCAUUAAAAAUGUAAAUGUCUUUUGUGUAUUAGUGUUCACAAGGCACUUCUUAAGAGAGAAGCAGAGACCUGAACAGUAUUCUUAGUUGUGAAAUAUAUAACCCUACUUACUAGCACAAGAAAUAAUGAAUUCAAAUUACACUUUUAUAUGUAAUUAAAAACUGAGUAGGAUACCAGAUCAAUGUUGUGUUUCAGGGUUGUGAUAUAUUCCACUUAGACAAGGAGACUAUAGACCUCCGACGAAAAUAAAAUGGAAAAAUGUUGUUAAAAUGUUUGUAAAUAAUUUGUCUAAAAUUGCGUAGAACUUUGUUUCGUGUAAAUAAUUCAUUUGAAUGUGUUCAUACGAAGUGAACUUUUUCCAGGUAUUGUACUUAGAAUCAAUGUCUACAGUUUGACUGUUUCCUAAAAUGGGAACUGAAGUUACCUAGGAUUCAAGCUUAUGUUCCUGUUAAUGAUAAGUUUGCAGUAGUGCUCCCUAUCUUUUUAGAUUGUAUUGAAUACUUAACUGAAAUUUUGUUACUUCACUUACCUGUUACCAGAUAAUGAUUUCAAAAUCAUUGAAAUGAGAACCUGUACCUGCUUAAAGGGUAUUCUAAAGCAUUCACACCUUUAUUUUCGUGCUUUUUCAGAUUAAAGUUUGUAAAACACACAUUAUAUCCACAUUUCAGCAACUUCCAAAAACAGUAUAUUAAUUCAUAUCAUGCAUAUGCAGCUCACUGUUUACAGGAAUUUUCAAACCAACACUGCCAUUUGUGCAAGCCCUUAUCCCCCAUUUUUCUGUGAUUUUCUGGUUACUGAAGUGCCUUUAUAUUACUGAGGUAUUUUGUACCACACAAUGCUGUUUGUUUAUUUAUUUAUUUAUUUUUAUUUAUUUAUUUAAGUAUUUAUUAGUUAUUUAUUGAAUUAUUUUCUCUAUGUACUGUCCUAAUAAACAAGCAACUUAUUUUCUUAUGUAACAUAUGCAUCAUAAGUCAUUCAUAGGGAAAUUUCACUUUACGUUGAAGUUACACCUGUAUGUGCAAGUAAAAGUAAUUUUUUUUAUUAUUUAAUGGAAAAUACCAUUGCACAAAAUUCACAUUCUAAGUAACUCAUUAGUACAUCAUAUUGAGAGAAAGGCGUCUUCUUUAGGUCCUGUCAAUUAUAUAGUCCCUGUUUGAUUACAGUAUCAUUACUGUGAGCUGUUUGUAAUGUAUAUUAAAUAAUAAUGCAAGAUAUAUCACU